AUGUCAGAGGACAAGACAGACAAGGUAAAAAUCAAAGCAGCUGAAAGUUUUGAACAUGACAAGCAAAAUAUUUCUUGGCUGAAAAAAGACCGUCGCACCAGCUCCCUGCCUCUACUGGCCCUCCCUGGGGUGACGCCAAGCAGUGAGGACCAUCCAGAUAACCAGCUUACAAAUGAAAAACACACAGAUGAAAAGCCUAUGAAAGGUAUUGUUAUGAGUUCUGUCGCAGAAUUCAGCAUCACAGACACUUCAUCAAAGGGUACCAAAAAUGAGAAGAAAUUGUCAGAUGCAAGCAGAACAUCCAUUGCUUCCCUGGAGAAAUGCAGAGAAUUCACUUACAUUGAAGAUGAUGCAUCAGUCCAUCAGAGAGACAGUGACGAUGAAUGCGCAACACUUAUCUUGGCCUGCUUGUUCUGCCAGUUUUGGGACUUUCUUAUAAUGCUGCCUGAUACCUGUGAACAUUGGCUGACAGAUACCUGUUGUCCAUCCAAUAGAUAUUACCAGACCUCUGACGAAGACCACGGCAACAACGACUGCAAUUGUGACUGUGACAUUGAUUGCAGCCUCUUUGAGUCCUGCCACGAGACUGGAGAGUGCCUGGAACUCGCCAUGGAGAUUUCAGAAGUCUGCUAUCGCUAAUAGGAAAAUUAUCGACAAAAUUCCUCAAAACUACCUGACAGAUUACAAAGGAGCUUUUGUGGUUUUUUUUUUUUUAAUAUUAAUCAUAACCAGAGGUUUUGCCAAUGAGGACUAUGUGCAUCUUGUUGCUCCCUCCCUGGAGGUCCCUAUAUCUGUACCAUUCUGGUGGCAUGAUAUCACAAACUGCUGAAACCAAUAAAGGACAUACAAGGCUCUUCUCUGCCAUAAAUGACAACAGAAUUACUAAGUGCCAAGUGUGAUUGCUGCUUUACCCACUGUCAAUCCGUGCUUUUAUAAACCUUGAAUUGCUUCAAACACUGAUUU